CUUUUCAGUCUAUCAAAGGAUUCAAAGCUCCUUUAAACCAUGACAGAAGCACUAAAAAUAAGGAGAUGGAGACUCAGGGAAGCAGAGGACUUGGUGCUGGCAAAGCGGGAAACAAUCGGCGUCGAUCCAACAGGGAAAAGAAAAUAGCCUUAUUACAAGAUGUUGAUAAGCUGAAAAGGAAGCUUAGACGUGAAGAGAAUGUGCAUAGAGCCUUAGAGAGAGCUUUUAAUAGACCUUUAGGUGCUCUUCCACGGCUUCCACCUUAUCUACCUCCGUAUACACUAGAGUUACUUGCUGAAGUAGCUGUGUUGGAGGAGGAGGUUGUUAGGCUUGAGGAGAAAGUAGUGAAUUUUAGGCAAGGUCUAUAUCAUGAAGCUGUAUAUACAUCUUCCAAGAGGAAUGGGGACAAUUUGAAUGAUUCUGUGGAGCAAACCCCCAGUAGAAGUUCUAAGCACCAAAGGUCAAAAUCGUCGUUGUCUCCUAAAGAGAUUAAUUCGUGGAUGACCGCUGGCAGGGUUCAACCAGCUCUUGCCAGAAGUGCGUCAACUAGAAAGCAAUUGACCCCAGAGAAUGUUUAUGAUCGAGCUGGUCAUUGUGUUAUUAGGCCAAUAAAUGGAAGACAAGUUUCCAAUAAACCCAAUUCCUCUCUAAUUGCUCCGAGAGAAGGGACAGGAAAAGAGAAUCAAUCAUUCACUAAUGCUGUGAAGGAUAAGCAAUCUCCUGAAAUGAAAAUUCAAAAAGUUGUCACUCCAAUAAAGAGACUUACAAUCAAGCGUGACUCAGCAGACAAGUGUUCAGAUCCUAUGAAAUUGCAGCUAGACUCUAGAUUACUAGGGCAAGAAAGCCCAUCUGUUUCUUCAGAUGAUAGAGUCCUUGAAGUUGACAGUGUACCAAACAAUGUAGCAGAGGAUACUGUAAGGUGCUUGUCUAGCAUUUUCUUGAGGAUGAGCACAUUGAAAGAUAAAGCAUUUGAAUCUUUUGCUCCUCGAUUAGCAUUUAGUUCUCAUGAAAACAAUGUAGAAAGUGAAUUCCUAGACCCUUAUGGUAUCUGCUCAGAAGUGCAGCCUAGAGAUAUUGGCCCUUAUAAGCAUCUUUGUGCAAUUGAAGCUAGCACAGUUGAUCUAAAUCGAACGACAAAUGCUUUAUUUCUGAUCCAUAAACUAAAGUUUCUACUUGAGAAGCUUGCCUCAGUCAAUUUGGAGGGUCUUACCCAUCAGCAGAAGCUUGCUUUCUGGAUAAACACUUACAAUUCCUGUAUGAUGAAUGCAAUUCUGGAGCAUGGGAUUCCUGAGACUCCGGAAGCUGUUGUUGCUCUGAUGCAAAAGGCAACGGUAGUAGUGGGAGGACACUUGAUAAAUGCAAUUACAAUUGAGCAUUUCAUACUAAGGCUACCCUAUCAUUUGAAAUUUACUUGUCCUAAAGCUGCAAAAAAUGAUGAGAUGAAAGCACGCAGCAUAUUUGGAUUGGAGUGGUCUGAACCCUUGGUUACAUUUGCAUUAGCGUGCGGAAGCUGGUCCUCCCCUGCUGUGAGGGUAUAUACUGCAUCUCAUAUUGAAAGUGAACUGGAACAAGCAAAGAGAGAUUAUUUACAGGCAACAGUUGGAAUUUCAAGAACAAACAAGUUGAUAAUUCCAAAGUUGUUGAAUUGGUAUCUACUCGACUUUGCAAAGGACUUGGAAUCGCUGCUAGACUGGGUUUGCCUGCAGCUUCCAAUUGAACUCAGGAAUGAGGCAGUUAAAUGCUUGGAGAGGAAGGGACAGGAACCUCUUUCACAGUUAGUGCAAGUAAUGCCAUAUGAUUUCAGUUUCAGGUUGCUAUUACAAAGAUGAGAGUUUAUUUCUUACUCUGAUCCUUGGUUCUGGAGAGUUUGGACUCGGGGUGUGGUGGGUUGGUUUCUAUACUAAUAUACCAGAAGUAGCAGAAGUAAAUAUGUGAUGUAGCGAUGUGUAAAGAACUGGGAGAUAGUUCGGUUUUCUUACAAAUGGGUUCUGGGGUUUUCAUGAUUGGUUCAUUAAAUUGAUUUUGUAGAAGGACAUAAAGUUGAUUUCUUAUCAACAAAUGGAAUGUUGUAUGUGGUGUGCAUUACCAACUGCUAGCCUCAAGCGUGCCACCAAUUUUAGGAGGGAAAAUGAUAGACCAAUAAAGGUAGAACCAAAAUGGAAAGAAAAUUAUGUGCGUCUA